GACACAGCCCAGAGUGGACACUAAAAAAGAAACACAAGAAAGAAGUUUAAAGAAGAAAGCAAAAGGAUCACUUUAUACGGACGAUCAGUUCCUGCUGGUCCCUCCUCAAACACACCUUCAUGCUGCGGGAUCAAUGAGCGCAGAGAGACACACCGAUGCGUAAAGUUGGUGAGCUGAUCCGCUCGUCUCCCGCUUCCACGAUCAACAUUAUUACUGACAUUUGCGGAGGGCCCGUUUCCAGCGUGGAUUUCAGAACCCAUGAUAGUGCCUGUCUGUGGAUGAGCGAGGCUUGUUGGAUGAUCGUUGACUCUUAAACGACCGCAGAGAUUUCAAGACUUAUCGUGCGGAAUUACAACCAUGAACUUUGUUGUCAGUUUGGUACAAAUCCUUUUGGCAGCGGUUCUUCACCUAUCCACUGUAAAGACUGCCAGCAUUAACAAGGGAGUGGAGAAGAGUAAAAAUGAGGUUAUCCCUCUCAGCGAAGUCAUCACCAAGAGUAUAUGUCAGCCGAGGGAAUUCCUGGUGGACAUCUUUCAGGAGUAUCCAGAGGACACAGAGCACACGUACUUCCCUUCCUGCGUGGUCCUCAACCGCUGUGGAGGUUGCUGCAGUGACGAAGCAUUUGAGUGUGUACCAACAGAAGCCCGCAACGUCACAUUGCAGGUAAUGCGGAUUAGACCGAUGGUUACACAGCAUACUAUUCAGUUAAGUUUUACAGAACAUCAAAAGUGUGUUUGCAGGCUAAAGCCAGAUGUUCAAGUAAAGAAAGAAUACCACUGUGCGCCUUGCUCAGAGAGAAGAAAACGCUUGUUUGUGCAGGACCCUCUGACCUGUAAAUGUUCCUGCAAAUUCACACAAUUAGACUGCAAGUCCAGCCAACUUGAGUUAAACGAAAGAACUUGCAGAUGUGACAAACCGAGGAGAUGAGACCAGCUACACUGUUAUGAAGGAAUUCUUUUCUUGGCACAGCACUUUGAAACCUGAGGAUGCAUUCCACAAGGACACGAAACGAAAACGCAAGACAGGACAUUCUGGAUGCAGAGCUUGCCACUGUCUGUUUUCCGCCUAAAGAUAUUAAUAUAUAUAUGUAAAUCGACAAUGUGUAUUGCUGCUACAAAAAAAGACACUAUUUAAAGUGAAACGAAUACGCCACUGGCGUGUGAAUGGGAAAUGUCUCAGUGGUGUUCUGCUCAUGGAUUAGAACUGGGACAAGAAGUCUUUUAUUUUAUGUAACACUUCACUGGAUGCUUGUCUGCUGUGGGUAUGAAAUUCAGUCCAAGAACUGUUUCCCUCUGUGACAUGAUGUUAAGAUCUGUCUCCACUGUAUGGACUGACUACAGCUGGUGUGAGAAUACACCUAAGAAGUGAAGUGACUGAUGGCGCAGGUUACGUGCCGUGGGGAUGGAUAAUGUGAAGAUGACUUUCUUCCCUCAUGGAAGGGUUACAUGAUGAAGGCAAGAACUGGAAUAAAGAUUAGUUAAUGGUGAGUAAAAAUAUUUUAGUCAGUGUUUAAAAUCAGUUGGGUUAGGCCUAUCAGAGUUAAAGGUAACAAACCACCACCUGUUCCUGCCUCCUUUGUCUAACCCUUUCCUUGGUUGGAAAAUGGAUCUGUCUCUCUUUUUGUGCAGAGAGUUUAUUAUUUACAUUUUGAGGUAUUGUGUUUAUUUCGCAAAAUGUCUUGAGACCAGGCUGUCUAAAGGGAUAUGACUGUAGGUAUAUAUGGAGAAGAAGUAACUAGACAAACUGAUCUCAGAGCAGAUCAGCACCUCACUGUAGAAAUCCACAACCUUCCAGUUUCCUUAUUUAAUGGCUUUGUGCGUGUUCCAAAGAAAUAGUCACGCAUCCAAAACAGAGCAAUUCAUAUUAAACGAUCUGUAUAUGCUCAUUAGAUAUCCCUUUGUCUAGUACACUACAUUUAAUUUAUAUAAUAUGUUCAGUAUUCUGUAUUAUGAUAUUUAUAUGCAGUGUUAAGGUAAUUUUUGUUUAUACCCCUCAACUGUUUUCAGUCUGUCUGGAGAUUGAAUGGAGAACUCGUAUGACUGUGACACCUUUUCUGGGGAAAAAGGACUGAAAGACAAUGCUUUGACAUUCCUGUUUUAAACUAAAGCUGUGUUUCAUACCAGCCAGAGGGGGAUCAUGGUGGGCCUGUUGACCGAUAGAAACCCCAGCCACCAACAUGUGUGGGAAUGAUGUGCCAACACAGGUGUUUUUCAUUUUUGACUGGGGCGAUGGACAUGUGGUUUUGCACUUGUGGACCCGUAGACGUCAUUGAGAGCUUAAGGAGUCUCAUUGCGACUGCUAAGCUUGGACCUAAUUUAGUGAAGACUGUCCAAUCAGUUUUAGGCCUCUUGUCUGAGGGUGUUGGGCUUGCACAGUGUUUUCUAUGAUAAUUAAUCCAGGCGCUAACAUAACAUCGUCACUCCCAAGUAUUAUACUGUUGUGUAUCCAGUAGGACACAGCCACUUAGUACAAAUCAAACAUUUCCUUUAAUGUUAAACUGUUACCAUAUGAGAAAAAAGCCCAACUCUUUGAUGAAAUAUAUGAUGAAGGAAAAAAAGGAUAUAAAGUUAAGUCAAGUCUGAAGGUAUAUAUUUAACUAUUAAAUAUAUACCUUCAGACUUUACUAGGAGGAUUUAAAAAUACUGAUAUGAAAUAAGUUAAGGUCACUUUACUACAGUAUAUGUUACCAUAUAUUAUGCAUAUUAUUUAAAAUAUAUCUAGCUCAGAUUUAAUGUCCACAACACUGUAUUAAUAGCUAUAACCUUAAAUAGAGUAUAUGUAUCUCAGUCAGACAUCUAAUUCUUAUAUUGUCCACUGUUUUACAGCAGCAUGUGUGCACCUAACAGCUAAAGCUGGCAAACCAUGAGAAAACAAGGAGUGGUAAUACAACGCCCAAUGUAAACUGUAUGUCACAAUGAAUUGACAGUACAAAGACAAGUGAAAUCAAUGCUUAAUUAAAUUCAUUUGAGGGAAUAAAACUUAAAUAAAAUAAGGGCACUUCUACACUAAAAUACUACUCCCUAAGUGACUCCACAUCAACCUGUAACACCAGCUCUAACUGCUACAGUAACUUUGACUCUUAUUUGAAGGAAUGAAUAACUAUUUACUGUGCACAAAUUAUUCAUUCAAAGGUGUAAGUUACUAAUUGUAGUGCAUACAAUUCUUGUGUACCAUUUUGUCUUCUGACAAACAGUCAGUUUAGCAGGUCAGUUUAGCAGGUAUUCAGGAGAUGGGUCAAGACUUAAAGUCACAAUUCUGACUUUAGACACAGAUUUUAGUAAUUUUUCCAUAGAUUGAAAACAAUUUUUUCACAUGGCUUUCACUCUUUCCAUGCAACAAGGCUGUGAUGUCUAAAAACCGAUUUGCUGAGCCAUACUAAAGGUUCUCAAUAUCAGACUCAUGUACCCUAAACCUGCUACAUAGAAAACCCUCCACAACGCACAACUUUCCAUGAAUUGUACCUUUGUUUCUGUUAGCACCAGCUGUACCACUGAUGUUCAUGUGAACUGACCUCCUGUGCUGCCACCCUCACACUAGAGGCCUGAGAGUGUUUUUUCACUGAGACUGGCUGCUGUCUCCGAGCCCACACCCCUCCACUCCUCUCAUGACAACAUUCUACAUGUAUUUAAAUGACUUUUUUUGAGCUUGUACGGCCACACAUUUUUAGUAUAUUUUCACAUUAAUAUAUUUAUUGGUGAAGUUGUUUUUAGUGUAACUAUUAAAAAUAUUUAUUUUGAAAA